GGCGCGGCGCGGUGCUCGGCGCUGCACAGACGGACCCGGACCCCCCCGGCGCACAGCGGGAAACUGAGUGGCAGUGCCCAGCAUGCGCCUGGCCGGACCAUGGGCUCCACGCGGGUGACGGCGAAGGAGCUGUGUGAGAACGACGACCUGGCCACCAGCCUGGUGCUCGACUCCUACCUCGGCUUCCGGACCCACAAGAUGAACGUCAGCCCACUCCCCGCUAUCCGGAGGCAGCACCAUCUGAGGGAGGCGGUGGAGGCGUUUCGCCGGCGCCGGGACCUGGACGCCGCCUACCGCGCCCUCAUGCUGGGCGAAUGGGCCGGCUCCUACUUCAAGAGCCGCAGUCGCCAGCAGGAGACGGCACUGAAAACCCACAUACUCCGCUACCUCCGCAUCUUUCUCCCGGAGAGCGGCUUCGCUAUCCUGCCGUGCAGCCGCUACUCCCUGGAGACCAACGGCGCCCAGGUGGUGUCUACGAAGUCCUGGAGGAAGAACGACAAGCUGGAGCUGCUGGUGGGCUGCAUCGCGGAGCUGACGGAGCCAGACGAGAGCCUGCUGCGAGCCGGGGAGAAUGACUUCAGCAUCAUGUAUUCCACGCGCAAGCAAUGCGCCCAGCUCUGGCUGGGCCCCGCUGCCUUCAUCAACCACGACUGCAGGCCAAACUGCAAGUUUGUCCCGACGGAGGGGAACACGGCCUGCGUCAAGGUACUCAGGGACAUCGAGCCGGAGGACGAGAUCACCUGCUUCUAUGGCGAUGGCUUCUUCGGGGAGAACAACGAGCUGUGUGAAUGCCGCACCUGUGAGAGGAAGGGGGAAGGCGCCUUCCGGCUGCGGGGGAAGGCCCCCUCGCAAUCUACCUCAGCCCAGAAGAAAUACCUGCUCCGGGAGACGGACGGGCGGCUGCAGCGCUGGAAGGGGCGGGUCUGCAAACAGGGGCAGCAACAGAGCACGAGGCGUCGGCGCAGGGCCCGGCGCAGGAGGGAGCGGGGCUGCGCUUCCCGGCUCCAAGCUCUGUGCCGCGGGCCGGCCUCGUCUCUCGCGGCUCUGGGCGCCGGCCCGGUGAAGGACCUGCGCAUCUCCCUGCAUGACUGCGUGGCCUGCCGGGCUGCGGGGGGAGCUGGCUGUCGGCUGCGGAAGCCGCUCUGGGUCACCCUGCCGUGGUGGCGGCCCAGGGCCGGGCAGUCUGGCCAUGCGCCGGCCGGCACCGUCGGCCUCCGUCGCUCCCUGCGCAGACGCCGCCGGGCGCAGCGGGACGACAGCUGCUGCACGGCCGCCGGCCUGGGGGUCCCCUGGCCCAUGCCGCCCGGCCCGACCUACGCUGAGCUGAGGGGGAGGCUGCCGAGGGGGCUGGCAGGGCAGGGCUCUGGGGCGAAAUUCCCCCUGGCUGGGGAGCUGCACGCGGUCAGAGCCGCCGGGAGCUGCCUCAGACAGGGCCUGCAGGAGACUCGGCCGUGCGCAAGGCCCUCGGGCGGAGUUCUGCAGCUCCGGGCUGAGGUCACGGGGCCCCCUAGUGGAGCUCUGAAGCUGUGCGCUAGGGACACACAGCUCCGCGCUGGGGACUCGGGGCCCCCUGGGGGAGCUCUGGAGCUCCAUGCUGGGGACUCGGGGCCCCCUGCUGGGGGGACACAGCUCCGCGCUGGGGACUCAGGGCCCCCUGGGGGAGCUCUGGAGCUCUAUGCUGGGGACUCGGGGCCCCCUGCUGGGGGGACACAGCUCCGCGCUGGGGACUCGGGGCCCCCUGGGGGAGCUCUGGAGCUCCAUGCUGGGGACUCGGGGCCCCCUGCUGGGGGGACACAGCUCCGCGCUGGGGACUCGGGGCCCCCUGCUGGGGGGACACAGCUCCGCGCUGGGGACUCGGGACCCCCUGGGGGAGCUCUGGAGCUCCAUGCUGGGGACUCAGGGCCCCCUGGGGGAGCUCUGGAGCUCCAUGCUGGGGACUCAGGGCCCCCUGGGGGAGCUCUGGAGCUCCAUGCUGGGGACUCGGGGCCCCCUUGGGGAGCUCUGGAGCUCCAUGCUGGGGACUCAGGGCCCCCUGCUGGGGGGACACAGCUCCGCGCUGGGGACUCGGGGCCCCCUGGGGGAGCUCUGGAGCUCCAUGCUGGGGACUCAGGGCCCCCUGCUGGGGGGACACAGCUCCACGCUGAGGACUCAGGGCCCCCUGGGGGAGCUCUGGAGCUCCAUGCUGGGGACUCAGGGCCCCCUGCUGAGGGGACACAGCUCCGUGCUGGGGACUCAGGGCCCCCUGCUGGGGGGACACAGCUCCGUGCUGGGGACUCAGGGCCCCCUGGUGGAGGCCUGGAGCUCCGCGCUGGGGACACACAGCUCCGUGCUGGGGACUUGGGACCCCCUGGUGGAGCUCUGGAGCUCCGUGCCCCUGCUCCUCAGCCCCCCAGCCAGCUGGUCUGUCGGACCAGGAGCAUGGCCCGGCGGCAGGCCAAGGCCACACUCCCUGCCAGGCCCCACCCUCCCACCCUGAGCCGCCGGCGGCCGGCCAGCAAGGCGCUCCCGGGCAGAGACGACCCCAAGCUCUCCCUCUACGCCCACGUCCACCUGGAGCCAGUGAGGCCGCGCCGGGCGGAGCAGGAGGAGCCCAAACGGACGGUGACCUUCCACCCCUUUGCCCCCCCGAAACGCCUGCGGCUGGUGGUGAGCCAUGGCUCUAUCGACCUCGACCUUGCCUCCAGCGAGGAGUCGGCCUGAGGCUCCGGGGCCAGGAGGGGCUCAGCUCCCUCUGCACCUGGCUGACCCCCCCCCACUCCCCCAGCCCACGGGAUUGCACUGAUCACUGCCCACCUACCCCCUUGGACAGAGCUUUUCCGGGGCUCCUCCCACGCCAGGGGGCCCCGGGGUUUAACUGGGCCCCUUGGGGGUUAUUUAUAGUCAGUUGGACAGGAGGCCCCAGGCCUUGUAAGGGGUGUGGAUGCGCACAGGUUCCUGGGACGUGGGGCCUUUCCCCUCUAGGGGGCGCUGGCCCCAGGGCAGGGACUGGCUGGCUCAUGGGGGUGGGGAAUGGGGCUCAGGGCCUUUCGCCCCUGGGGGGCGCUGUCCUGAAUCCAGGGGAUCAGCUAGCUCGGGGGCAGACCUUGAUGCGACCCGAGAGUGGGAAGAGGUUGGAAAGUGGGGCACUGGGCAGCAGGCUGGGGGGCACUCCUUGCCCCCCAGGCCGUGGGGCACAGGUCUGCCCCAUACUGCCACUGGCCAUGUACAACACCCAGACCUUGGCUAAGGCUUUCUGUGGAGACUGGGCCAGAUACCCUGGGGAGGGGCACCAGCCCACUGCCUGGCAUCCCCAUGCACCCCCUAUAGUUGGGGGGGGCUGCACACAGGGCGCCACCAAAUCCCAAUCCCCUUAUCUCUCCAGCAUCCUUAGCCCUUUGCAGGCCAGCCCUGCGGUGGGGGCACAGAGUGGCGUUCAGAUACUGGCCGGCCCAGGACGCCUGGCCCUCCCCCCACUGUACAGGGGGGUGAGUUCAUUAGUUGAUCUCAUUAGGGGCUCGGUUUGAUCCCCCCGUCCUCACCUCAGAGGCGUCCUUUGCGUUUAGAUUGGAAGGGCCAGAUCUCCCCCUCCCCUCCCCCAGUGUCACUGGGCCGGAGCUCCAUUGGACUCAGUGGGGCCAGCCCCCAAUGGCGCAAGGGCCGAUUAACCCUAGUGGCGUCCAGGGCCAUUCCUCUCCCCUCCAUCUCUGGUGCUAGUUCUGCAGUUUUUCUCCCUCAAUCCCCAGCUGCUGGAGUCAGGGGAUGAGGGGAGAAUUGUGUUUGAUAAAAAACUUUCCCCCAUGGGAGGGGGCCCAGGCGGCUCCCCCCUAGCCCCCCGAAAAAGGGGCCUGGCCUGAAUGCAUUGAAAGCUCCUGGGGUGGUUUAAUGAUUGCAUCAAUUUUUGUCCCUGAGGCCCAGCUGGUGGAUUUUGAUUCUGGGGGGCCCCCCAAAGGGAUUAAUUUCUAGCAAUCCCUGGCAAUCCCCAGAGCUUUGUGUUCCUUGCCCCCUUACUGGCUUGGGGGGGGUGACCCCAAGCUGGUUAAAGGGGGUUGAAUGCCCCCUACCCUGGUUGCUGCAUGACGUAGUCUUUAGGUUUCUCUGUAUUGGGAGCUGGGUCCAAAGGAUAGUGGGGGCAGUAGAAAAUGGGGGAGGGGGGGAGCCAGGACUCCUGGGUUCUGGCUCCAGCUGUGGGAGGGGAGUGGGGGUCUAGUGAUUGAGAGGGGAGGGCUGAGAGCCAGGACUCCUGCAAUCAGUCUCCGGUUUUGGGACAGGAGUGGGGUGGGAGGCAGGACUCCUUAGUCCCAACCCCAGCUGUACCUGGGUCCAGUCACAUCACCUCUGUGCCUCAGUUUCCCCAUCUGCAAAAUGGGUUUCACACUUACCUACCUCACUGGGGGAGGGAGGCGAAGCCAUUUCUGAAGCAUCCAGGCAACUCCACCCCCUGCCAGGGUGCAUCACCCCCUUUCCCUGCACCCCCCAUGGGGCCUGCAGAGCCCGGGCUUUGCGGACAGGAUGGGGGAACCUCCUGUUCCAGCCCAGCUGACCUGGAACUCCCACUUGGCUUGUGUUAGUGAUAGAUUUCCCCCCCCCCCGAUUCAGCUGCCCCUGCUCCUCACACCCCCCUUGGGACUCAGGGUUGGCCCUGCCAAGGCAGAGGGUGUCUGGACACCUGGGUUUUUCCGGGCAGGGGAAGGGCGGUAAGGCUGUUACAGCUGCUGAGCCGUGUGUCUCUGGGGGGGGACGACUGGGGACGAAAUGUGUGGUGACUUGCACCCCCCCGGGCCAACCCCACAGCUGAUCCCAGGAUGGGGGGGUGGAUUGGUGCUAGGGGCACAGGGCACAAAGCUCUGGGGGAGGGUGGGGCCUGAGGGGGUUCCCAGCCCCCCCUCUGGGGGUGGGGUCUCAUGGGAGGGGGAGGAGCUCAGCUUGGCGUCUUUGUGUCGGGGUUUUUUUGGGACGAGGGAGAAAAUCCCCUUUUUAAGGGAAAAAAAACAUGGAAUAAAGAUUUUUCUAAAAGCGA